UCUUGAAGAGGAAAAGCAGGACAGAUGUGCCAGCCGGACGGGUCCGGGCAGGACCUCGAGUGAGCCAGACUCCCCAGCCUGUGGCAGUUUGAUCUGUGGGCAAACUGCCUCUGCCAGCUCAGCCCCCUGCAGGUCUCGGGACACAGCUGGGUACCGUCUUAACGUCACCCGCCAUUACCGGCUGCUUCAAAUGUGCCAUGCACAGUCCGGUAACGGGGUGCUGGGGCGGGGUGGCGGCUAGCACAGGACAGGAAGGGCUAAGGUUUGCUGAGCCUUUCUGGGUCCACCAGGUCUCCAGGAACCCAGAGGGGUGCCUGGCAGAAGGGUGGGGGAUGGGGUGGGAGCCCAGGUGUUAAAGGCUGUUCCUAUCUACAAGCCUAGAGGGGGGGGGAGGUAGCCCCCGGCCCUGCCCCGCCCCGCCCCGUUGGUGUGGGGGCAGGGCAGGAGGAGAUUCACCCAGUUUUGACAGCUCUGCCCCAGGGCAGGGGUCUGUGCCAGGUGUGGGCGUCGGGUGGAGAGGGUGGAGCUGCACCACAUCUUGCCUUUAUUUAAGCUCCCCUCCUGCCCUCCUGGCCACACUGCUGCUGUACGCCGUGCCAGCCAUGUCAGUCUUCCAGAACAAGGCCCCCCUGCCCGAGGGCAUCCGCGUGGGCACUGUCCUGAGAAUCCGAGGCGUCGUCCCUGACCAGGCUGGCAGGUUCUACGUCAACCUGCUGUGCAGCGACGAUGAGGGCGCGGAUGCCGCGCUGCACUUCAACCCGAGGCUGGACGCGUCUGAGGUGGUCUUCAACACCAAGGAGGAGGGCAAGUGGGGGCGCGAGGAGCGGGGCCGCGGCAUCCCCUUCCAGCGCGGGCAGCCCUUCGAGGUGCUGCUCAUCGCCACGGACGACGGCUACAAGACGGUGGUCGGCGACGACGAGUACCUGCACUUCCGCCACAGGGUGCCGCCCUCGCGCGUGCGCAUGGUGGAGGUGGGCGGGGACGUGCAGCUGCACUCGCUCAAGAUCUUCUGAGCGGGCGGACGAGCGGGCGGGCGGCCCUGGACGGUGGUGGACGGCGGGGACGGCCAAUAAAGCGUAGCCGCGCGCCCUC